AAGAAAGAUUUGGUUACUUUGACCUGUUCCUUGGAAGAUUCUAGAGCAGUUCAUCUGCAAGUCUCUUGAAAGCAAUACAUGAGUUAGUCAGCAUGGAUUUAUCAAGAACUGGUAUAGAGAAGUUAAUCUUUUUGAUCAAGUAACCUGCUUAGUGGAUUGUGAGUGCUAUGGAUACAACAUACCUUGACUUCAGCAAAGCAUUUGCAAAAUACUGUGUGUCAUUCUCUGGUUAGGAAGCUAAUUAGGUUGGAUGGUAGGACAUUUCAGUGAAUACAUUGUUGACUCAGAAAUCAUGCUCUGAGAAGGCUCAUUGAUCGUAGAUAUAGAUGAUCAUAGAUAUAGAGUGCCACAGAAUUCAGCCCUGGGUCCUGUACUCUCCAACAUUUUUAUUAACAGUAUGGACGAUGAGGUGGGUGAAUGUUUGUUAAAUUCACAGAUGAUCCAAAAUGGGUCAGGAUAUCUAACAUACUGAAGAACCAGGAAAAAAAGUUAGAGAAAUUUCACAGUAUACUCUUUGGUGUGUUACUUAACCAGUGUCUCCUUAUUUAUUAGUAGUACUUUGAUACAGCUCAGAUUGCCAUGGUACUGCAGGUUAUGGAUUGUUCUAAAGGGCCCAUACACUUUCGUUCACUGCAGCAAACAGCUCUCUUCAAAUAGCUGAAAGGCUGUAGAUGAAGGUCAAGCCUUGUUCUCUGUCAGGAUUCUGGAGUGAAAGAUGUGGAAUAGCAGAUUUUAGUUAUAGGAAGGCAGAUACAAAUUCAGUGUUAGGAAACAAUUCCAAACAGUAAGAGGGAUCCUACUUCAGAGAGGUUAUGGGUACCCUUUCACUGGAUGUGUUCAAGCUGGGUAACAUCUAUCUGGGAGCUUUAGUUGGGGUUCUUCUACUUGCCAGAGGACAGAACUUGAUGCCUUCACUGGGCACUUGCAACUCUAGGAUGCCCUCUGCAGCUCUCGGGUGGGAGAGGAAAUAGUGAAAAAUGCUUAUAGACCAGCCAGAAAAGAAGUUAUUUAGGGGGAAAUACAAAAAUAUGGAUCUGUCCAAGGGUCUUUUGAGUGCAUAUUUUUACUAUAGACCUCACAUUUUAAGAAACGUGGAUGAAUAUUCUGAGAGGCAUUAGCAAUGCCAUGUUGUGGCAAUUUUCUUCUUUACGGUUCUGGGUGUAGCCUGGGGAUUGGGCUGGAGGAAACUAUUUGCUUUCUCUGGAGGGGCCACUUGGGGCUCUUGGAGAAGACUGGCAGCCCCCUCUGUUUCAUAGGCCAGAGGAAACAAUCCACAUGCAUCUGGUUAGCCAGCUGGGGAAGAGUUGCAGGGGUCUUGGUCUCCAGCCUCAUCUAGCGAAGCUCACACUGAGUUCUUAUCUCCAGAUUGUAGUACAGCAACCCUAGUGAUAGCAAAGGGAAGAAAUGAUAGAAAAUACAGUAAGAAUUAAAACAGCAAGAACAGCAAGUAAAUGAAAAUAACAAACAGGGCAUAAGCAAAUGUUUUAAUGACAUGAAUGUAUUCUUUGAAGCACGAGAUUUUAGAGGUGAACUUAUAUUGUCUCGGUAGAGUUAAAUCUCCAAAGGCAGAAACUAAGACAACUUGUCGAAGAUCCAUGCGUUUGCAGAGAAUAGAUCCACUGGGUGUUCCCCUACCAGAGGCAGAAGCACAGCUGGAAUCUUCUGUUGAAGAGCAUGCCCGAUUGCCACCUGGACCUCAUCAAAUGGUUGCUACUGUUCAGGAGCCAGAAGCUGACACAUUUCUCCACAUGUGGGCAAAAAUAAGUCAGGUGGAGCCAAAGAAGAAUCAGAAGAGCACAUGUAACUUAGAAAGUUACAAAAUUCAUCUCCGUGGGAUGGUCCUCAGGGAAGAACAUGUUGCAAAAGUGGUGAAAAGCCGGAUUUAUUCUGUGGCUGUCCAUCCAUCCGAAAGCAGAACUCUGGUGGCAGCUGGAGACAAGUGGGGGCAGAUUGGCCUGUGGGAUUUGGACUGCAGUUUGGAAAAUGGAAAGUACAUCUUCAUACCCCAUAGCCAGCCAGUUAGCUGCCUGCAUUUUUCUCCCGCUAAUCCUGCUCAUCUUUUAUCUCUGAGUUAUGAUGGCACAUUACGAUGUGGGGAUGUAACCAGAAGAAUUUUUGAGGAGAUAUACAGAAAUGAGGACCACAGCCUUUCUUCGUUUGACUUCUUGGCAAGUGAUGCCUCUACUUUGGUUGUAGGAAUGUGGGAUGGAAGGGUGGCCAUAGUGGAUCAGAGAACACCGAUACAUUCCCCCGAGCUCUCUGCAGAUCUUCAUUCAAAGACGAGAACGGUCCAUGUUCACCCCAUCAGUAGACAUUACUUCAUUACUGCUGGGGAAAGAAACGUCAGUAUUUAUGAUGCUCGGCACCUGAAGAGCAGAAGCCAGCCAGUACUUGCUCUCACCGGACACACCAAGAGCGUUGCUUCAGCUUACUUUUCACCUGUGACCGGAGACAGAGUGGUGACAACUUGUGCUGAUGAUACACUGAGGAUCUUCGGAACCAAAUGUUUAUCAUCUUUAGCUCCUAUCCUCGCAACUAUACGGCACAACAACAACACAGGCCGAUGGCUGACCAGGUUCCAGGCCGUUUGGGACCCCAAAAGGGACGACUGCUUUGUGGUGGGGAGCAUGGCACGGCCGAGACAGAUCCAAACCUUUCACGCCACCGGAGAACUGGUGCACUCCUUGUUCAGUGAGGAUCACCUUAACUCUGUUUGUUCCAUCAACUCCUGGCACCCCACCAGGUAUAUUGUUGCGGGUGGAAAUUCCAGUGGCCGCCUGCAUGUCUUCAAAGAGUGAACAGGGCCAGAAGAAGAAAUCCGGAUUUGGUGUUUAGCUUAGUUAUGACAUAUAUUGCCUCAGGACAAAGAUAGCUGCAGACAAAUAAAUAGAUUGUGUUACGCAUCUUAAGAUGGUAUCUAUUGCUACUAAGUUGGAAAUUAAUAAGGCCCAAACUUGUCAUUUUGGGAUUAUCAGUUUUUGAAUGGGUUGUGAGAAACUGUUAGUGUCAGUUUAUUCACAGCAGCUUAUCAAUCUGUGUGAGGAACUGUGCAAUAGGGAAUACCCCGUUUAGAAGUUAAAUGCUGAUACUUUUGUGAUAAGAAAUAUAAAUGUUGGUGUGUUCAAGAGUGAAUAAAAAGCAUA